ACUCGAAAGAUCAUUGGCUGAAAACAGCUGUCAGUUGACAGGAAAUAUCAUGGUAGUGUGCGCCUGCACCAUUUCCACGUCAGUAAAUUUGCCUGUGGAGGAGAUUACCAAUCGGUGACAGAAUACCUGUCUAUUGCUUUUACAGAGAAACAUCAGGGCAUGACAACACUACGUGGAGCUGUCUAAAAUAUUCACUAUGGUGGACAAGAAUAUAUACAUCGUUCAAGGAGAGAUUUCUGUUGUCGUUGCUGCUAUCAAGAGGAACUCUAGAUGGAGUACCCAUACUCCUUUGGAUGAAGAACAGGACCCACUACUCAACAGCUUCAGCCACUUGAAAGAGACCCUCAAUAACAUAAAAGAUCUGUCCGAUGUGGAGCCCAACGUUUUUCUUAGACCUUUUCUGGAGGUGGUCCGCUCAGAAGACACAACUGGACCAAUCACAGGCCUCGCUCUCACAUCGGUCAACAAGUUUUUGUCAUAUGGCCUGAUAGAUGCCAAUCAUGAAGGGGCAGCGGAGGGCAUCGAGAACAUGGCUGACGCGGUCACACAUGCCAGGUUUGUGGGCACAGACCCUGCCAGUGAUGAGGUGGUGCUGAUGAAGAUCCUCCAGGUUUUAAGGAGUUUGCUGCUGACUCCUGUUGGAGCCCAUCUGACCAAUGAAUCUGUUUGUGAGAUCAUGCAGUCCUGUUUCCGUAUAUGCUUUGAAAUGAGAUUAAGUGAUCUGCUGAGAAAGUCAGCUGAGCACACGCUGGUGGACAUGGUGCAGCUGCUCUUCUCCAGAUUGCCACAGUUCAAAGAGGAAGCCAAGAGUUUUGUGGGCACUAACAUGAAGAAGCUAAAGAUGAGAGCCGGGGGAAUGAGUGAGUCGUCCAAGUGGAAGAAACAGAAGCGUUCUCCCCGCCCCCCUCGUCACAUGGUACGCAGUCCCUCAGGACAGAUGGAUCCAGGCCAGUCCAGCACCCUCACCAACAACCUUUCAGGUGGAGUUCCUUUCAUAGAGCAGCACAGUGGAGCUUCUUCCACUUUUCCUGGUUCAGACAGUGCAGCGUCCUCCAUCUCUAGCCCCACCGCUGACAGUGGCUUAGACACCGGCUCUAAAACCACCUCAAAGGAAGAUCUCACAGACCUGGAGCAGAGCAGCUCAACGGCCACCACUCCCAUGACACCCUCCGCAGAGCCCGGCAGACUGGAGUCACAGUCUGAGGGCAGGGAAGUGGAGCGUGCUCAGUCGGCCUCAGUCGAGUCCAUUCCUGAAGUCCUGGAAGACCGAGACUUGCUGGCUGACCAGUCGGAUUCAGCAUCGGUUCACGAUAUGGACUACGUGAACCCGAGAGGUGUCCGCUUUACACAGUCCACCCAGAAAGAGGGUGCUGCUCUAAUCCCGUACGGUCUCCCGUGCCUGAGAGAGCUCUUUCGGUUCCUCAUCUCUCUCACCAACCCACAUGACCGCCAUAACUCCGACGUGAUGUUGCACAUGGGCCUCCAGCUAUUAAACGUGGCUCUAGAAGCUGCACACAUCGCCCCCUACCAGUCAUUGCUCUGUCUUGUCAAAGAUGAGCUCUGUAGGCACCUCACACAGUUGUUGAGCGUGGACCGAAUGAAUCUGUAUGCCGCCUCCAUACGCGUGUGUUUUCUUCUCUUUGAAAGCAUGCGAGAACAUCUGAAGUUUCAGCUUGAGAUGUACCUGAAGAAGCUAAUGGACAUCAUUACCUCAGAGAACCCCAAAAUGCCCUAUGAGAUGAAGGAGAUGGCUCUGGAGGCCAUCGUGCAGCUCUGGAGAAUCCCCAGCUUUGUCACUGAGCUCUACAUAAAUUACGACAGUGACUUUUACUGCUCCAACCUGUUUGAGGACCUCACCAAACUGCUCUCCAAGAAUGCCUUUCCAGUGUCUGGGCAGCUCUACACAACCCAUCUCCUGUCACUCGAAGCCCUGCUGACAGUGAUUGACAGCACAGAGGCUCAUUGUCAGGCUAAAGUGCUCAACAGCGCUGCACAGCAGGACCAAUCAGAGUCAAUGACAGUAGAAGGAGACACUUCGGUCAAUACAAUCACUGAUUCAACAACAGAGGCUGGCAAAUCUGCAGCCAGUUCUAAUGGGCAGAAUGCUGUAGUGUCAGACACCUGGACUGCCUGUCCUCCCACCAGUGGUCAUCUGAUGGCAGAGAAGAUGAGAUUAGGUAGACAGGACCUGGAGGAGACAGACACGGAGAAGAAAAGCUUGAAGAAGCCUCAUCGUUUCACUAGCUGUCUUCCAGACUCUCAGGAACUUUUAGAGAUCAAGAGCAAGAAGAAGCUUCUGAUCACGGGUACAGAACAGUUCAAUCAGAAGCCCAAGAAGGGCAUUCAGAUCCUGCAGGAGAAAGGCCUGCUCAGCAGCCCCAUGGACAAUAAUGAAGUGGCACAGUGGCUGAGAGAAAACCCCCGCCUGGACAAGAAGAUGAUCGGAGAGUUUAUCAGCGACCGCAGGAACACUGACCUACUCGACAGUUUUGUCAACACGUUCACCUUCCAGGGCCUGCGCAUAGACGAGGCGCUCCGCUUGUAUCUGGAGGCAUUCCGUCUUCCUGGCGAAGCGCCUGUCAUUCAUCGGCUUUUGGAAACCUUCACUGACAACUGGCAAAAAGUGAACGGUAAUCCCUUCCAGUCAAACGACGCUGGCUUCGCCCUGGCUUAUGCAGUCAUCAUGCUAAACACCGAUCAGCACAACCAUAACGUUCGAAAGCAGAACAUCCCCAUGACGUUGGAGCAAUUCAAGAAGAAUCUCAAAGGUGUGAAUGGAGGAAAUGACUUUGAUCAAGACAUGCUGGAAGACAUCUACAAUGCCAUCAAGAAUGAGGAGAUUGUGAUGCCUGAUGAGCAGACGGGGCUGGUGAAGGAGAACUAUGUGUGGAGUGUUCUGCUGCACAGAGGAGCCUCGUCUGAAGGGAUGUUCCUGCAUGUGCCCGAAAGCAGUUACGACCGCGACCUCUUCACCAUGACCUGGGGACCCACCAUAGCUGCCCUCUCCUAUGUUUUUGACAAGAGCCUAGAUGACGCUAUCAUUCAGAAAGCCAUCGCUGGGUUCAGGAAAUGUGCCAUGAUCUCUGCACAUUAUGGCUUCAGUGAUGUCUUUGAUAACUUAAUCAUCUCACUCUGCAAGUUUACUACUCUGAGCUCUGAGUCUGUAGAGAACCUGCCCACUGUGUUUGGCAGUAACAGGAAGGCUCAGAUUGCUGCCAAGACCGUGUUCAGCCUGGCCCAUCGGCAUGGGGACAUUUUACGAGAAGGGUGGAAGAACAUCAUGGACUCCAUGCUGCAGCUUUUUAGGGCUGAGCUCUUACCCAAGUCCAUGGUUGAGGUUGAGGACUUUGUGGACCCUAAUGAGAAGAUUUCCUUACAACGUGAAGAGACCCCAUCAAACAGGGGUGAGUCGGCUGUAUUGAGUUUUGUGAGCUGGUUAACACUGAGUGAACAGCCUGGGCUCCGGGGCCCCUCCACAGAGAACCAGGAGGCCAAACAAGCUGCCCUGCUCUGCAUAAAGCACUGUGACCCAGAAAAGCUGAUUACCGAAAGCAAGUUUCUGCAGUUGGAGUCUUUACAGGAACUCAUGAAGGCUCUCAUCUCGGUGACCCCGGAUGAGGAAACAUACGAUGAAGAAGAUGCCGCUUUUUGUCUGGAGAUGCUGCUACGCAUUAUUCUUGAAAACAGGGACAGAGUAUCAUGUGUUUGGCAAACGGUACGGGAUCACCUGUACCAGUUAUGCGUCCAUGCCAGUGAGAGCUGCUUCCUGGUGGAGAGAGCAGUGGUGGGAUUGCUCAGACUCGCCAUACGCUUAUUGCGCAGAGAGGACAUAGGCUCACAGGUUCUCCUCUCUCUUCGCUUGCUGUUGAUGAUGAAGCCUCACGUCCUGUCCAGAGUCUGUCGAGAGGUGGCCUUUGGCUUGCACGAGUUGCUUAAAACCAAUGCUGCCAACAUCCACUGCACUGACGACUGGUACACGCUCUUUUCACUUUUGGAGUGCAUCGGGGCUGGGGUCAAACCACCGGCUGCCCUGCAGGUCGCCAACACCCACCCAGACAAUGACACAGGUGCUCAGUCAGAUAGCGAACUGAGUUCAUAUCAUCAGAGUGAAAUUAGUCUUGACCGGGGAUAUACGUCUGACUCUGAGGUUUACACAGAGCACGGCAAAUCCAGAAUACCUCGUUCAGCUACGGAUGUGGAUGUAGGGUGGCUAGUGGUGGGUAAAGAUGAUCUGGAUGGAUCUAAGGCAGCAGUGACUCCAGGUUCAAAGCCCAUGACCUAUCCUCUCAUUAACCAGUACAGUUUAACUCUUGGUCAGGACACGGGUCUGCAUGACACCAAAUCCCUCAUCAAGUGUGUGGAUUCGCUUUCCUUCAUCGUACGAGAUGCCGCCCAUGUCACUCCAGAAAACUUUGAGCUUUGUGUUAAAGCCAUGCGAGUGUUUGUGGAGGCGAGCCUAAAUGGAGGCUACCGCACCCACGAGAAGAAAAAGAGCCACAAAUAUGACUCCAAAUCCAGCCGGCUCCGAAAGAAGCCACGCGAGAAGGAAGGCACAUCACGGAGAACCAAAGCGUCCAGUCAGCGGCCCACCCGUUCCCAAAGCGAUGAUGAGGAAGACGAGGGUGUGCCGGCCAGUUAUCACACGGUGUCUUUUCAGGUUAGUCUGGACUUGUUAGACCUGAUGCAUACCCUGCACACUCGAGCAGCCGGCAUCUACAGCUCCUGGGCAGAGGAACAGCGCCACCUAGAGGAUGCUGGCAGAAAGAUCGAGGCAGACUCUCAAACUCUAUGGUCCAGCUGCUGGUGUCCUCUCCUUCAAGGUAUGGCUUGGUUGUGCUGUGAUGCACGGAGGCAAGUCCGCAUGCAAGCUCUCACCUACCUACAGAGGGCACUUCUUGUACAUGAUCUACAAACUUUGGAUGCAGUGGAGUGGGAGUCCUGCUUCAACAAGGUCCUGUUUCCUCUGCUGACAAAACUCCUAGAUAACAUCAGUCCAGCUGAUGUGGGAGGCAUGGAGGAGACCAGGAUGAGGGCCUGCACACUGCUUUCUAAGGUGUUCCUGCAGCAUCUCUCUCCUCUGCUCUCUCUUCCCACAUUUGCUGCCCUCUGGCUCACCAUUUUAGACUUCAUGGACAAGUACAUGCACGCCGGCUCCAGCGACCUUCUGCUGGAGGCCAUCCCUGAGUCUCUGAAGAACAUGCUGCUGGUGAUGGACACAGCAGGGAUCUUUCACAGCGCAGACUCGCGUACAGGCUACUCAGACUUGUGGGAAAUCACCUGGGAGAGAAUUGACUGUUUCCUGCCCCAUCUGAAGGAGGAGCUCUUCAAACAGGCUGUCAUUUCAGAACCUGUGUGUAAUCAUCCUGUGGAGCCCGUCCCACCGCCUGCUGCCGUAACCCCAGCCUCUCCCCCUGUGCCAGCCCCCUCACCAGUGCCAGCUGCCCCGGCAGAGCCAAAUAUCCCCAGCAGACCCGAGUCACCUCAGGAUACGCCCACACCUAGUGCCAACGGUGAUCGAUCAGAUAGAUCAUCUCCAGUUCCUCCAUCAACACCCCCAAUGCCCACUCCAGCAAAGAUGAGUCCUCCUGAGUCCCUGCGGUCUCCUCUGGGCCAGUCUCCGCUCAUCCUUCAGCCUCUCGCCUCUCCACUGCAAGUGGGCGUCCCGCCGAUGUCCCUGCCAAUCAUCCUGAACCCAGCUCUAAUAGAGGCUACCUCACCAGUGCCCCUGCUGCCCCGGCCCAACACAGACUGACCCACCCCUCAAACAUCAGCCCAAAGAGUGCAUCUGAAGGAGAGGCAUCUGAUUUGACUGUUCUCCUGCACGUGUGCACUCGCUGUAGCCCACACUAUUAAAUUAUGUAACAGCAGGACCUGGAACAAGACCGCGUGAGAGGACAUUGACAUGCAUGGUUGCCUGUCCUCUUUUCAAACAUCAAAGCAACUCCCAAACCACUCGGAUUUGAAUGUCCUUCGGUUAGAGAUGUUACAUAGAUGAUCAUAUUUAUUCAAAACAGGGAGGUGGUGCCACCCUGGAGGACAGAUCAUUAUUGAUGGGACUGGAUUUCGGUCAGUUAGGUCAGAGUAGAUUUUAAUGUAUCAGUACUUAGGCAGUGAUCACAGAGAAUGGCUGAUGGGUAGUGUGUACCGCACACUGGGUUCAGCUAAUGAAACCGUGAAAAAAGAAAAAAAAUCGACAUUAGUGUUGCAGCUUUUAUCACCGCUCCAGCUAAAUAAACCUGUACAGUAUGAUGAAGAAAACAUAAUUUAUUUUGACAAUUCAUAUUGUUUCUUAUUGUGGCUUUUACACUUUAAUUAUAUAGUUUUGCCGUAAUUGCUCCAGAGAAAAGAGUCAGAGAUGUAGCCACGUAAUGUUUGCCAUUCAUGGUUCAUUAGUGAGAAAAUUAAAAGCACAGUUCACCCAAACAUUAAAAUUCUGUCAUCAUUUAUUCACCCUCAUGUCAUACAUUUCUUUCUUCUGUGGACCUUCUGUAGACCUUGUCAACAAUUGACUUUCUAUUGUAUGGACCAAACCAUUUCUUUAAAGGAAAGAAAUGAAGAAGGAAAGUCAUUCGGGUUUGGAACAACAUGAGGGUGAGUAAAGAAUGACCGAAUGUUCAUUUUUGGGUGAACUGUCCCAUUAAGUCCAGUUCUUUUGGUUCAAAACAAUCUAAUAUGGCUUGUUUGAUGACACCACAUGAUUAUCGUGCAUCUCUAAAACAUUCCAGACACAUCCCUGAUGUUUUCAACUAAUUGAACCAGCUAAACUCUGUAUGUCAGGUUUUAUUUUAUUUUGAUGGGUAUUUUUAUUGGUUAGUUGUCUUAAAGAGAGGUGGUUUUGUUGCUCGUGUUAAUGCUGUAUCACUGAAGCACUUCUGCUCUUUGUUGCUCUCCCUUUCCCGAAUUUCUCCUGGACAAUGCAUCAUUUCUUCCAAAUAUACGUUUCUGCUGUUCUUUCUAUUAACUGUAUCACUUUAUUGCGGUGAUCUCGGCUCUGGAAAGUUUACAGACCACUUUUAUUUUGGUUUGAAUUAAUGAAUGCUUCAUGAGAAGUAGAUCUCAAAAGAGAGUUAUAAAAUUCACUAAUAUAAAAGUAUAAUAGCUCUCAGACCUGCAGCUCCUUCCAUCAGCCAAGACCACCCACGAGCAGCUCAAGUGUGUUCAGCGAUCAGCGUUUGACCUGAGACGUAUGCUGUUUGGAUCAGUACCAAAACUGUAGGUUCGUUUAAGAAUAUCACUGUAGUUUAAUGUAGAUUGUCACAGCAGUGACUGCAGAUCAACGAUCACACCAUCACAAUCCUAAGAGAUGGCUGUGAACAGAUGGACAUUUUCUUUUUUAUUUUCUUUUUUUUUCACUUGUUGUAUUGCGUUCUUAGAUGCAUCAGGAACUAAUUCUGUAGUCAACAGGUAAUUCAAUGAAAAUAAUCUGUGUAUAUAUAUAUAUGAACAAAAGUUAAUGUACUUUUUACAAUGUAAUAAAUAUAUGGUAAAAUAUCCUAA